AUGGCAUUGCAAUCGAUGUACCCCCCGCUGGACAUUCCCCAGACCAACGUGCUGUCCUACCUCUUUCCCCCUAACCAACCCAUCUCUGACCAACCUAUCUGGAUCGAUGCCGCGAACCCAGCUCACUCGCUCUCCCCCCGGCAGAUACACUCCUGGGUGCGCCGGCUGGGCUAUGGACUGGACUGUCUGGGAGUGCCUCGAGGCGCGGUUGUCAUGAUUCUGACACCCAACCAUAUAUACGUCCCCAUCGCCUACCAGGGCAUCGUGGGCGCAGGACGCAUUUUCAGCGGGGCCAACCCUAUCUACACGGAGUCAGAGGUCGAGUACCAGAUGCGGAACACGGCAGCCAGUGUCGUCCUCGUGCAUCCAUCACUGGUGCACACCGCGGUCGCGGCGGGGCAGCGCGCGGGGGUCUCCCCCGACCGCAUGUUCCUCUUCUCCGAUGACCCUCCGUCGGCUCCUAUCGAGGGCGUGCACGACUGGCGCGAGAUGGUCGGCACGGAAGAGGAGGGCGCCUCGUGGCACUGGGAUGAGCUGGGGGACAGGGCGAAAACGACCGUCGCGACGGUCAAUUACUCGUCUGGCACGACCGGCCUCCCCAAGGGGGUGUGUAUCUCACACGCCAACCUCAUCGCCAACGUCGAGCAGAACAUCUUCAUGCGCGACCAGGGGACGCCUUUGGCCAGUUCCACCUCCCCAUUGGCUUCUCGACCUAAAGAGCGAUGGCUGGGCUUUCUCCCGCUCUACCAUGCAUACGGCCAACUCUUCGCCUGCCUCGUAGCCCCCAAACUAGGAUUCCCGGUCUACAUAAUGCGCCAAUUUGCCUUCGAGGACUUCCUCGCCGCCAUUCAAACCUACCGCAUCACCCACCUCCAAGUGGCGCCCCCCAUCCUCAUCAUGCUUGACAAACGCCCCGAAACAGUUCACUACGACCUGUCCAGCAUCGAGGCCAUCCUCUGCGGCGCCGCCCCUCUCUCCCGCGAUCUGCAGAACAGCGUCCAGCGCCGCUUCGGCCUCCGCGUCGUGCAAGCCUACGGGAUGACCGAGCUCACCUGCGGCGUCAUCCAUGUCCCGGGCGGUGCCUCCGACGACACCGGCAGUGUAGGCCUCCUCGACCCCAACUGCGAGUCCAAGCUCAUCGCCCCUGACGGAAGUAUCAUUACUUCCCCCGGUGAGCCGGGCGAGGUCUAUAUCCGCGGACCCAACGUCUGUCUCGGCUAUUGGCGCAAUGAGGCCGCCACCCGCGAAACUAUCUCCCCCGACGGAUGGCUCAAAACCGGCGACGUCAUGGUUGUUAGGGACGGAUGGUUCUGGAUCGUCGAUCGCAAGAAGGAGCUGAUCAAGGUUAACGGCUUGCAGGUGGCCCCCGCAGAGCUGGAGGCCGUCUUGCUCGAGCAUGACGACAUCGCCGAUGCGGGUGUCGUCGGGGUCCCGUUCGGAGAUGGCGAGGAGCGCCCUCGUGCGUAUGUCCUCCCGAAGGAAGGGCGUCGUCUGCGAGAGGGUCAGAUCGAGGCCUUUCUGCGUCAGCGUGUCGCCAAGCAUAAGUGGCUCGUUGGGGGGGUCAGGGUCGUCGACGAAAUUCCGCGAUUGGCAAGUGGGAAGAUCCAGCGGACUGUCUUGCGAAAGUGGGCGAGGGAAUCGGCCGUUAAAUUGCUAUAUUCGCUCUAUCCCAAUUUCCGCAGCUGA